ACUACUGCAAGUUAUGGGUAUCUUCCUACCUCUCCACCACCUGCCUCUCCUCCUUCUCCUCCCUCUCGCCCUGAUCUUCCUGCUAGUCGCCACCGCAGACUCCGACUCCGUCACACUGAACAUCACCAACCAAUGCUCCUACACCGUGUGGCCAGCCGCUUUACCGAUGGGCGGCGGCAUGCGGCUUGAUCCAGGGAAGACAUGGACUCUCAACAUACCCACUGAUCCCUUCAGAGGGCAUGUGUGGGCACGCACAGGGUGUUCAUUUGACCACCAAGGCAAUGGGUCGUGCAAGACAGGCGACUGUCGCGGAUUGCUAAACUGCACGAGCGAUGGUACGCCACCAUUCACGGCUGCUGAUUUCUCGCUCAAUCAGUAUGACAACAACAGUUUCUUCGACAUCUCCCUUUACCAGGGCUUCAACGUACCCAUGGAGUUCCUGCCAAUACAGGUCAAGGGCAGCCCGGGGUGCAGCAAGGGGCCCCGCUGUGCGGCCAACAUAACAUCACAGUGCCCAAGCGAGCUCAAGGCGCCGGGAGGCUGCAACAGCUCAUGUACGGGAUGUUCAUUUGACAAAUACUCAGCCUUCUUUAUGCGUAUGUGCCCGGAGGCAUUAAGCUACUCUAUCAAUGCUCCCACAGAUACUGCAUUCAGUUGUCCGUUCGGAACGAACUACCAGCUCAUCUUCUGCCCACUGCUCAAUCUAACGACUUCACCUCCAAGUCCUGACUCAAUUGCUACUGGGACAUCAAGAACAAGACACUCAGCUUUGAUUGCAACUUCAGCUUCAGUAGGGAGUUUUAUUUUGAUCACAUUCAGCUUUUUUGUCGUAUAUAAACGACAAACACGACAACACCCAAAGAUAGAGGAUGAUGAGGAAGAUUUUGGAAACCUACAAGGAACACCAAGGAGGUUCACGUUUCAACAGUUAGAAGUAGGGACCAAGCAAUUCAAAGACAAACUUGGGCAGGGAGGAUUUGGGUCUGUUUUUGAGGGACAGCUAGGUGAGGAAAAGGUUGCAGUAAAACGUUUGGAUCGAGCUGGUCAGGGAAAAAGAGAAUUCUUGGCAGAGGUUCAAACAAUUGGCAGCAUUCAUCAUAUCAACCUGGUGAGGCUGUUUGGUUUCUGUGCAGAGAAAUCUCACAGGCUCUUGGUUUAUGAGUAUAUGUCAAAUGGAUCAUUGGACAAGUGGAUCUAUUAUCGAAACGACAAUACUGCUCCUCUGUUAGAAUGGAAGGUACGAUGCAAGAUUAUCACACACAUAGCUAAAGGUCUCUCUUAUCUUCAUGAGGAGUGCAUGAAGAGAAUUGCACAUUUGGAUGUCAAACCACAAAAUAUCCUUUUAGAUGGUGAUUUCAAUGCUAAACUUUCUGAUUUUGGUCUGUGUAAGCUCAUUGAUAGGGAUAUGAGCCAAGUUGUUACUAGAAUGAGAGGUACACCUGGAUAUUUAGCUCCUGAAUGGUUGACAUCACACAUCACGGAGAAGGCCGAUGUCUAUAGCUUUGGCGUUGUGGUCAUGGAAAUUGUCAGCGGAAGAAAGAACCUUGACACUUCCCGGUCAGGAGAGAGCCUCCAUCUUAUUACUCUCCUGGAGGAAAAAGUGAAGAACGAUGACUUGGUCGAUUUGAUUGACAAGAAUAGCGACGACAUGCAAGCACACAAGCAAGAUGUAGUUCAGAUGAUGAAACUUGCAAUGUGGUGUUUGCAAAUUGAUUACCAAAGAAGGCCUAAAAUGUCUGAGGUAGUCAAAGUCUUGGAAGGUACCAUGGAUGCAGAGAGCGAUAUAGAUCAUAACUUCGUUGCAACAAAUGAAGUACAUUUUGGUUUUGCUAGAAAUGUGAACUCCUCAGUUCCACCUGUAGCCUCAGAUAUAUCAGGUCCCAGGUGAAAUGGGACCACCCCAGCAAGACAGCCAACAAGAUUAUGAAGAGAAAAUGUUCUAAAAGCUAAAGACUUGUGAAGUUGCUUCAGAAGCCCCUUGUCUUGACUUAAUUUACCUGCACAAUAUUUACGUUGUAUGUUCUACAAUAGACGAACUCCUUUUUCUUCUUUCGUGUUUUCAGUUUCUCUCUGUAAUGCAGAUCUGUCUCUAGUUAUUCUAGUUGAAAUUAAUAGCAGGUACCUAAAUGCUCCGAGCUCAAUAAAGCAGAGUACUGGACUGCAUGAAAGAAAUCUGGAAAGUCGAGGGAGUAUCUAAAACGGAAAUAAUCAGAAGCCAGAAGUAAACUUUCAAGGUCUCCCAGUUUCCACUAUGUUUUUUAUUAUGUAGGUAGUGUUGUGCUUACUAAUGCUCAUUGUAUAUGGGCAUUUGAUUUGAUUUGUCCGACUUAGCAUGUCAUCAUGUUCGCAAGUUUAUACAUGAGAAGUCAGUCAAGGAAUACUUUCCUGCUCAUGGAAACAUCAA